CUUCAUCAUAACCACUCUCAGCAUUAUGCAUCUGCUAAUUUUGGUGCUGCUUUUAAGUAUAGGUGCCUGUGAGGCAGUGUACUGGCAGAAGCUGAAAUGUCCCUAUGACGUACAGCACAAGAGCCUGCCAAGGAUUUGGUGCAGGCAGAGCUCCACUGACUGCUGCACUGGCCUCACCUUCAGCCAGAGUGCGCACCUAUUGGAUGGAGGCAAACUCAAAGUGACACAGAGUGCAGACUCCUUCACUGUGGCAGUGCUGGAGCUAAGCUAUGGAGAUGGAAUGUACUGGUGUGGUGUGCUGAGCAAAAAUGACACCAUCAUCAGGCUGGCUGAAGGCUACUUUCACAGCUCCCCUGGUGCUUACAUCUGGAGUGUCACUCGCUGGAUUCUGCUGCCUCUACUCCCAAUGGUGACCAUAGUCACCCAUGUUUACUCCAGAACGGCAACAAAAAACACCUGUAAGGAGGCAGAGGAUGAUGACAUUAGUGUGAGCAGAACUCUGAGGGAUCCACAGUAUGUGAACGCUGCAUCUUUGCGUGUGCUGGAAUGAUGAGGAAAAUGAUCAAAGGUGGUCUCACAUGGCAUCAUAUCCUGGUUAGCAUCAAUGACACAGGAGUGCACCUGAGGGCAAGACUUACACAAAAUCAUCCAAGUCAUGGUGUUUUUCAAAUUGUUUCAAUGGUGAAAUUGUUAAAAGAAGGAAAAAAAAGGUGAGAAAAAUUCUUUGUGAAGAAAUAGGUUUGCAUUUAUUGGACAAACCAAACAUAGGCAAACUCACACAUAGUGUAAAGAUGGAACAUGUCAUCGGGUGAAACAUAAAUGAAGGGUUUCAUUCCAAAAUGUCAUACAGCCAUUUGGAAAAACGACCUGAAACAGUAUUUGUCUGCCUCUCAGUUCUCAGAAAUGUUCUUACUUUAGACAGCACAAUUUUACAAUGAUUUCCCCCAUCAACAUAAUCUUAUAGGAUUUCAUUGACACUGUUUCUACAUGGUGUACACUGUAUAUCAUUUUUGGAACAACGCUCUUCAAAUAUAUAGAUUCAUUUAUAUACUUUAUACAUUCUUUUCUUGUUGUACAUUUGAGUCCCAUGCUUUGCUUGAAACUGUGCUUUCAGCAUUUAUCCUCAAUCACAUGACAAAGACAAAAAAGAGCAGAAAGUAUUCAGGAUCAAUGCUGCAUAGUUUCAACUUUGGAAUAUCAAACAUGAUUUCUUUGUAAACCAACAGAGUGCAACCAUGUGGUUAUGAGAGAUGAAAACUGUAUGAAAUCUGCCAGUUGUCAAAACACCUCUAAAAAUACAUAUCAUUUCUCUUAGAUGCAAGAAUGCUUCACUUAUUUGAAACAUUUUGGUGAUGCAGUCUAUGGAAGAUAUUGCACGUCAUCGCUGUCUAUUAUGAGCAGGUCAUUUGAGGCAUUGGACAAAAGAAAUAACAUGUGAAAGGUUUAGCAGUUCAUAUCACCAAGUACAUGUCCUUAAAAGCGGUGGAAGUAAACCACUGGAGGAUGUGUUACAGGAGACAGGAAAACGAUAAAAAGCUGCAUCAUGUGAUUGACUGUUGAGGACAGUUUCAGCACAAAAUCACACCAACUAAAUCCUGACAUUUUGAAA